AUGGUGAAAACUAACGUGACUCUCUUUGCAGCCGGGCUCGUUCAUACGGUUGGAUUAGACCUCAUGCCGUUCAUACUGACGGUGCCCAUGGGAUGCGACAUCAUUCAAGAGCUCUCAGCGUGUGUUCCGGAAGAAAGUAGAACAGUGGUUCCUCUCACUGCUGUUGGUGAAGUCUCUUAUGUGGCCUUCCAUAGCAGCAAUCCUGGUGGAGAAAAAACCAUAUACGAGGGCCGCUUUGCGAUUAUUGUUCUGAAAGGGUCAUUGAACCGGAAGUAUGGAAUGUUGAGUUUAUUGAUGACAGAUCCUCAAGGGCGACAUAUUGGUGGCAGCCUUGCUGGUCCUCUAAUUGCAGCCAACCAUGUUCAAAUUAUUUUCGGCACAUUUGAAGAUGUCAUGGAGAGGAAGUACAAGAGAAAGCAGCGUUCGGUUAAUGCUUCUGCAGCUGCGCACGAAGUCACUGACAGCGAAAUGGUGGACAUCCCCGUGCAAGCGGGUGAGAUGGUGGAAGGCAGUGCAAAUGGCAGCUCGCCAGGAACUGAGGAAUCGGAGGAGGAAGAGCUGAUCAGGGCCAACCCAAAUGCUAUUCUGCCGCCGGCCUUGGGUCUCUCUGAGGAAUCGGACAAGGAAGAGCCGAUCAUGGCCACCCCUAUUACUAUUGUGCCACGGGCCUCGAGUCUCUCUGAGGGAUCGGACGGGGAAGAGCUGGUCAUGGCCAGCCCUAUUACCAUUGUGCCACCAGCCUCAAGUAGCCCCGAGACACCAGACGAGCAGAAUGAGUCCAUGGAUAUCUGUGGCAGUGACCCUGAGAAGUGAAGUUCUAGCCCUGUUGAAUAAGAUCGUUGUUUUGGAAGCCGCUGCUGCCGCCAUUUUCCAUUGUCUAUUGUCAUCUUCUUUCAGUUUGGUUUCUGUGAAUCGGACUUAUCUAAUGUUAUCAUGCUUUAUGAAUAAUGACAGU